AUGACGCAAGUAUGGGAAAAUCCAUUCCGUGGCGGUACCGUAAAGCGAGCUGAAGAAAGUCUACCAGCCGGUUUGGAAAAUUUGUCGCAGGAGGAAAGGGACCAAAUUAUGGCCAAACUUGCUUGCGCGCAACUUGAUGCCGACCAAGGGUUUGCGCCAAUGGCUCCAAAACUUACUGCAUCGAAAACAGCAGAUUCCAUCCCGACCGAAAUUAACAAAAGUCGCUCAUUUUCAACGCUCUUGAAUUUGGAGUCUGACAAAGAUUCGAUGAAUGGUCGGAGGGAUGCCCAAGGCAGAAGUCAGUCAAUAUCUCAAGCUGGGACUACAGAACCAUUUUCAACUACAGAUUCUGCUGAAGACAGUCCUGCCUCACAAGUUCAUUCAAAAGGCCCCUUGAAAAUGAUCAGGCAAAAGGCAUCCUUUGAUGAACCACAAAGCGUCGAACAAGUACAACCGGAACCUGUAACAACCACUCAGCUGAAUGACGAAAUAGCGGAAAGUCUAGCUCAUUUAUCGCCUGAAGAACGGGAAAAGAUUUUAGCUGUCAUGAGAAGUGCUGAAAAUGAAGAAAGGGGAAGCAUUUCAGCAGCUAGUGACAUACGCCCCGAACGUCCAGCAAUAGUACCUCCAGAAAAAACAUUUGAAGAUCUUCAAAUUGAGCCAACCUUCGAUAGGUCUUCAGUUGUAAAUUAUGACGAUGAAAAUAGCAUAAAGAACGACAGAAAGACAGUGAUAAAUGAGAUUGGGUCGGCAAAAGUUCAGACAGAAGACAGUGAUUUUAUCAGUGAUAAUUUUGAAAUUCAAACUGGAAGUCAAUUUUCAACUUCACCAGCUUCUACUGCAGAAGCUGUCGUCUAUCGUCGAGAUAGCGGGUAUACAACUGCCGGCAGCUCUAACAAUGAUUACGACUAUGAAGCUGGAUAUGACCAGACAGAAGUAAAAGGUCAAAACCCAGCUGUCUGUGAGCAGAGCUCUACGGAGCAUGUAAGUGACAGUACAGCGAAACCUGUUUACACCUACGAUACAGAAGGCGGUUAUUCCACGGAACAGUCUAAAAGUUCUGAGGAUCAAACAGAUGCUCAUAACGACGAAGACUUUGAUUACACUUAUCGCGGUGACAGGCGAUACAUUGACGCUGCAGAAGCAGAAACUAAGUACCAAACGCAACAGGAAGAAAUCACAGAUGAACACAUUGACAGUACAAAAGAAAACGUUGCCUGGGAUGAUAUGGAAUCGCCCAAAUGGGCAGGACAAAAGCCAAUGUGGACAACAGUGUUUGGUGAUGAAGAGGAAAAGUCUGAAUCACAUACAGAUUCAGAGGCGAAGACCGACCAGGAUUCUGACUAUAUACAAAAUAAGGACAAAAGUGAUGGUGAGCUGGUUACUUUUCCAUUUGAUCAAAACAUUGCAACAACGUAUCAGAAAACAAAAAUUGUGAUUGACAACGACGAUGAAGAUGAGGACUACCCGCUGAUAAACGUUCCAACACCUUUGGCUUUACAACACCAACAAACACCAAAAACUUUACAGUUGGAACCAGCAGACGCGCUGAAGGAUGAAGAUUCAAUUAAGUCACCACCUUCAAUAACGAUAACUUCAUACGAUGACAAAAAACGGUCUUCGGACGAAGAAUCGGACGGCGAAACAAGUCCUUCAACGGAUGAGGAUGAUUAUCCGGACCAGGCAUUUGGCGAGUCGGCAAAUGAUGAGUUUGAUGUUCGGUGGGCUCAAGACAGUUUGAAUAAAACUUUGUCAGCCAGUGAAGCAGCACAAAAACAGGAGACCGAUAGUAAGGCAUUGGCAAUUUUGCCAGCAAACAGUGUUCAGAUUGAUGAUACGGGUGCAGUUGAGAAAAAUACUUUGGCAUCUUCGAGGAUAAAUCCAUUUUUGAGUGAAGAAGAAAAUGGCGAACCUUGGAAAAAUCCAGAUGACAUUUCGGUGGAAAUUGAUGAAAUUGAUUAUGCGGCAGCGAUGAAUUACUUCACCAAUAAACCGUACCGACCGGGUCCAGUUUAUACGAUUAUUGAAGACGAAGAACGUAGCGAUGGUUUUGUCGAUACAGAUGCCAAAUAUCAUGAUACUUGGAAUCUUGUGCUGAAAAUGGAGGGAGAAGAAAGUUUUAUUUUAAAAUGA